GGCGCUCGGCAAACUGCACGCGAGACAGGCACAUAACUUCACACGUUCACUCUACAUUUGUGGGUGGAGUCGGGGUUAGCACGUGACCUAUGUGCAAUGAUGGCAUCGGUGCUGGCUGCUAAGAAAGCUCUAAGGGACCAAUUGAAGCAGCGACUUAUUGCUUUGCAUGAUUUCGAAAAGUUGAGGCAGUCCCAGGCUGUGACCAGGAAGUUACUUUCACAUAAAAGGUAUCAGGAAGCUCAGCGGGUUGCUGUCUUUCUAAACAUGUCAGAUGAGAUUCAGACUAAAGAUGUCAUAAAUGAUAUUUUCCGACAAGGCAAAGCAUGUUUUAUUCCACGUUACCGACCACGUAGUAAUCACAUGGAUAUGGUGAGGCUCAGUUCAGUGGAUGAGAUCAACCAACUGCCAGUAACUACAUGGAACAUUCGCCAGCCAGCUGAAGGAGACUGCAGGGAUGAUGCUUUAUCAACUGGGGGGUUGGACCUCGUGCUGGUUCCUGGCCUUGGAUUUGACAAGCAAGGUCACCGUUUAGGACGAGGAAAAGGUUAUUAUGAUACUUUCCUGGAGCGCUACAUGAAGCAAAUUGGUGCCAAACCAUAUACCAUUGCCUUGGCAUUUCAAGAGCAGCUUUGUGAAUCCAUCCCUGUAAAUAAUAAUGACAUUGAAAUUGAUGAGAUCCUCUGUGCUGGAGACCAAGAAGUGCUUACAAAUUGACUCAAAAUGAUUUGAUUCUUAAAACUGAGAAUAAUCCAUCCAUGUUUUAAUUAUUAUAUUAAAAGACUAUGCUAAUUUAAAAUUCGUUGCCAAAGCAGAAAAAAAUGCAAUUAAAAUAUGCAAAGAGUGAGCAGUCCCUCCCGCAAGCUCAUAGAUUGUUAUUGCAAAGUAGCAAAACCACUUUGUUUUUUAAAUUGUUACAAGUAUAAAAUCUUUGAAGAUCAAUAAAUAAUUUUAUAUAUAA